AUGGGUGACUACUCGAAAGCACUUGAAUUUCACGAAAAAGAUCUGGAAAUCACGAAAAAAGCUCUGCCUCCGACACAUCCUGAUUUGGCUGCUUCAUAUAACAACAUCGGUCAAGUGUAUUACAUCAUGGACGACUACUCGAAAGCACUUGAGUUUUGCGACAAAUCACAUAAAAUCUACGAAAAAGCUCUGCCUCCGAAUCAUCCUGAUUUGGCUAUUUCCUGCAGCAGCAUCGGUGCUGUGUAUAGCAUCAUGGGUGACUACUCAAAAGCACUUGAAUUUUAUGACAAAGUACAUAAAAUCUUCGAAAAAGUUCUGUCUUCGAAUCAUCUCGCGUUGGCUUAUUCUUAUAGCAACAUCGGUGGAGUGUAUGACAACAUGGGUGAAUACUCGAAAGCACUCGAAUUUUGCGAAAAAGAUCUCGAAAUCACAAAAGAAGCUCUGUCUCCGUCUCAUCCCGAUUUGGCUAUUAGUUACUUGAAUUUUGCACAAACAACAUUUGAAGAAGAUAAUCCAGCUUUUGCUGCAACAUAUAGUAGAUUCGGAAGAGUUUAUCGCUGUAUGAAAGAUUACUCAAGGGCACUCGAGUAUUUUGAAAAGGCCCUCACAAUACGUCAACAAACGUUACCUGAAACACAUCCCAGUCGGGCUAUUACAUGCAGUGAUAUCGGCGAUGUUCAUCGAUUAAUGAAAGAUUAUGAGAGGGCACUUACAUUUCAUCGAAAAGCAUUAAAUAUUCAAGAAAAUGUUAAAUGCAAUCCUCUGGAAUGUGCAAAGACAUAUACAAAUUUAGGUGAAACUUAUCGACAAAUGAAAGAUUAUUCAACAGCAUUGACAUAUUUUCAUAAAGGAUUAAAAAUACGUCAAGAGAAACUACCAAAAAAUCAUCCUGAGUUAGCUGUAAUUUAUCACAAUUGGUCGAAAUUAUAUAGGGCUACACGACAAUAUAGUAUGGCAAUGACAAAUAUUGAACAAGCAGUUGAAAUCGCUCAAGAAAAAUUGCCGUCAAAUCAUACUCAUGUUUUGAACUAUCGUAAAACAUUUGAAAAAAUUCGAAAGAAAUUGUAA